AUGGAGAACGAGAACCAAACUGUCAUAAAAGAAUUUAUUUUAAUUGGACUUUCCCAGGACCGGAGGACUCGAAUUCUUCUUUUUGUUUUGUUUUCGUUCAUGUAUUUACUGACCAUUUUUGGGAAUAUUUUGUUAAUAUGCGCAGUUGUAGCCAACUCUCGUAUGCACACGCCUAUGUACUAUUUUCUCUGUCAGUUAUCCUUUCUGGAUUUAUUCUAUUCAACAAGUACUGUCCCCAAAAUGUUACUAGACCUGUUAUCCUCAGAAAGAGGAAGAAUAUCAUACAUUGGGUGCAUCUCACAAAUGAAUAUAAGUCUAUUCCUAGGACAAACGGAAUGUAUCCUGCUGGCGGUGAUGGCGUACGAUCGUUUCGUAGCGAUCUGCUUUCCCUUGCGUUAUAUGGUUAUUAUGAGCUGGAGGAUAUGUAAGACUAUGUCCGUCAUUGUAUGGCUGGGGAACUUUGCUUGUGCCAUCCUUACUACAGUUUCAAGCCUACGUCCGUUUUGUAAAGGAAACCAAAUCGAUCAUUUUGUUUGUGAAAUGAUAGCUUUAAUGAAACUGGUUUGUGGAGAUAUUUCAGUUGAUGAAGCCAAAAUCAUUUUCAUAAGUUUCUUCACACUUUUAGUCCCUUUUGGUUUAAUUGUAGUUUCUUACAUGUGUAUUAUAGCGUCCAUAUUGAAAAUCCAUUCUGUGGAUGGAAGGACUAAGGCAUUUUCUACAUGUGGUUCCCACCUGACUGUAGUUUUAAUUUUUUAUGGGACCAGUAUGUCUCUGUACCUGGGGCCAAAAAAAAAUUUUUCAACAAAAAACAAAUAUGUAUCAGUCUUAUACGGUGUUGUGACUCCCAUGUUAAACCCAUUGAUUUAUAGUCUGAGAAAUCAUGAGGUUAAAGUCGCCGUUCAGAAAAUAUUUAAUAUGUAGCUGAUCAUUUGCUGUCAUGUUACAUGCUUUGCGUCUUCUCCUGGGAAGAACCACCUGGUCCACUGUACCACCUGCUGGUGCCAUCAGACUAGCUCACCUAAAUCAUGAAGGGCCAAGCGGCUCACAUUGAAUUAUGUUUAAGGACUCAGGAAAGAUUAGGGAUUGAUGGGGUGUAUUUUAGCAAGAUGAACAACUAUUGGUAAAGAACAUUGCACAUUAUUAUGCGUAUAGAAAGUACCCUAGAUGACCAUUCCAACCAGAGAUGAGCUGGCCUUGGGAUUCAAAUUUUUCAAUUCUAUCUGGACCCCCUCAAACAUAAAGAACGGCAAGGCAAGGUCAGGUUAUG